GCCUAAUUACGUUGUCGUUAUCACCGGCUCAAUGUAUCUUUCCUCCUGUCACAUAUGGAUGAAAAAGUCGUGAUGCAAGGCCAUUGGUAAUGUGUCUCAUCACAUCGUGACUGCCUAGAGCGUCAAAUUUUUGACUGACCCCUUGCCUUGCGUCAAGGCGUCGUUUUUUUUUCUGCCGGAAUUAUCCUUAUGGCUGAUGAACAACGCAGAAACGCCAAUGCUAACAGAGUAAGAGGUCCCACUUCUGCCCUUACAAGCUUCCUUCGAGUAAGUAUCUCGUUUCAAUCCCACUAUCCCAUAGCCUUUUACUUAUCUUCAUGUCUCAGGAACAUGGGAUCUCCGUCCGCAAUCGCCGCUUUGACAGACCAAGAAACGCUAAUGGCGCAGCAAAUGAUGAUGAACCUGACGAAAAUGCAGCAACCACGGACGACGCAUCCAAUACCGAAACUACAACGACAACAGUACAACAGACUACAGAAGAUACAACUGUGAAUAUACUAUAUACCCCGACUGUUGCGCAGCAAACUACCGCAAGUGCCACUCGGUCUUCCCGAUCGAGAGCCACCAAAGCUGCAAAAGCAGUCAAGGCUGCAAAAGGCACUAAAAGGAAGAAGAGAAAAGACGAUGAGGAUGAUGAGGAUGACUAUAUCGAUAGUGAUGAAGAUUUCUUACCUUUAGCCUCGUCCUCGACACCACGAGCGGGGUUCAAGGCUCGAGCUGGCAGAACCCGAGUGGAGUUCUGUUCUCAGUGCAAAUGCCGUUUUUCCAAGCUGGUCCUCCCUGGUAUGGAGGAAUCAUCUUCUUCUGCUCCACUAUUAUGUCCAUCCUGCGAAAAAGGAGAAACAAAGAAACCUGAACCUAAGAAAAGAAGACGCAUUGCUCGUAAUGGAGUUGUCAAAAAGAUCGGUAGCAAUGGUUACUUUGAAGUUGCUUCUCUUCAAGAUAUUUCCAUCAGAUUAAUAGCAAAAUACAUCGAAGAUGUGGAAGCUCUAGGCGAUAUUGGCACUAUCAAUAUGGACAAAAUAUGCAAAAUCAUCUCGAAAAACCGUAAACUUUCCAACGAAACUGCAAGACUUUUCUUAAACCCUAUGGAAACAGAGCUAUCGAUGUAUGAUUGCACAAACAUGACUGAUGAUGGUUUUAUCAACAUUGCACAAUUCUGUCAUCGUCUCGAACGCUUGAAACUAAUUUAUUGCGGUCGCAUGACGGAUGGUACUAUCUCGACCUAUGCUACUCACCUACAACAUCUCAAAUCCAUCGAAUUGGAUGGCCCCUUCCUUGUUACUAAUACAGCUUGGAAGAACUUCAUCACGUCCGUUGGUCCUCGUUUGGAAUCCUUCGCCCUGUGUGAAACGCCACGCUUCGACUUGGAUUGCCUCAAGGUCCUGGUUGAAAACUGCCCUAACCUGAAACAGCUUCGUCUAUCCAGAAUCGUUCCACUUCAAGAUGAAUGGUUACCCGUUAUUGGAAAACUGAAACAUUUGCAAACUCUUGAGAUUAGCUGGCCAUCGCCUAGCCAAACUAUUUCAACUUCUUCCAUGUGUGAACUCAUCAAGGCCGUCGGCGCGAAUUUACGAGAGCUCACCCUACAAUGCUGUGUGCGUCUCACUGAUGAGGUGUUGACUGAAGCUAUUCUACCCACUUGUAGCAAGUUGACGACCUUGAACCUAAGCGAGUGUGACGGGUUCACAUCUGAUGGAAUCAAGGCAGUAUUCGAUGGCUGGGUUGAACAAAAGUCAAACCUCGGCUUGAUUGAUCUCAAUUUAACAAGGUGUACCAAACUGAACGACGAAGCAAUUGAAAGUGUCCUGCGACAUUCUCGUAAAACAUUAUCAGCGUUUAGCAUCAAUAGCUUGGACGAGGUUUCAAGUAGAGCUCUGGAGGCCAUCGCAGGUGAAGGUGAUGGCGCAUCUCCGUGCUUGGCCCUUCGGUUCUUUGAUUGUGGAUUUGUGCGUGCCUUGGACGAUAUUGUCAUGGACAAGCUGGUCAAGAGCUGCAAUGCUUUGGAGCACCUUAAGGUAUGGGGUUGCCAUAAGCUGACUGAAUGUGUUCCAAUCAGACCAGGUCUACGAGUCGAAGGUCGUGAAAGUGACACUAGCUAAACAUCAACAUAAGUAAUCAUUGCUGUCUGGUUCUUUAUUUCUUAAUAAAACUGCAAUUCCAACUGAUAUUCCCAAAAAUUUUCA